AAAAACUUUCGGAAAAGUUCUGAAAGGGCUACACGAUUGAAGGUAGCCACAUUCUUGCUCUGGAUUACAAGUCUCCCCGACUCAACUCAGCCACUUAAUUCAGAAAUAGUUAUUUCUACUCUGUUGUCUGACAAAGGACACUUCAAUCACUCCCUGAGUAUCUUCACUCACCAACUUCAGCCAGCACUGACAACGUACUUUCUGCAAAGAUGGAUUUCCACAUAGCAGUGAUGGCCCUCUUGUUAUGUGUCAUUGGAAGGUCUACAGGCUCCAGUCAGACAUGUGUCCCAACGGAUAAUGUUAAUCCAUGGAUCUUUGUGAAGGAGAUGCAGAUUGGAUGCUGGACAAGCUUCAUCAGCAAGGACAGCAGAGAAGUUCAUAUUAUCAACUUAAUCUUCACUCAGUCGGAUGCCAAGAUGUUCAAUGUGAAUCUAACCAGUUCAAGACCUAUGAAUCUUAUCGUGACAUCAGCAGACACCGCAUAUGGUGCAUAUAGCCCCAACAAAGAUGUCAACAUUUAUGUAAGCACAAACUCAUCAGUUCAUUUUUACGGACAUCGUAACAACAUUUACAAGGAAGCCAUGCCCUCUGAUGAGGAAGAGCUGAUCAAGUGGGCCACACAGAGAUUUGGAGGCGUUACAUCAUUCACAACAAUUAAGAACCUGAAAGAAGUUCAUCUAGCGGGAACAGGAACCAAGGCUGGCUCUGGGGAAUGCAUUCUUGGAAAUGAAGACGCAUCUGAGAAAUACUUUAUGACAAUUGACAGUGAAACUGUACCGUUUAAAUCCUGCUUCCCAAUGCCUCCGAACAGCAAUGAAGAGCUUCAUAUCAUUAAUAUUCCCGAAAGCGCCAUUAUUCGAAAUGUGUCACUUCACAUGGACAUAGAGAAGACCAGCUUAUUCUUGAGAGGUCCCCAGGGAACAACUUGGACAAUUGUGAACUUGCAACACACCAAAUUUUCUUCCAAUAAUGAUAUUAUUCUUCAAAACAUGGCACGGCACCAAAUUCCUCCUUUGGUUUCCCUGAACAGUGACGUUGCAGAAAUAGUUCAAAGAAAGGCUCUAGAGCAUUUUAAAACUACAAGUUUCACCAGCUACACUGAAAUCAUAUCGGAGGGCUCUAUGAUUGCACUGAGGUUACAAAAGAGAGCUAUCAAUACAGUUUCAGAAACAGUGCUGAAAACUGCUCCCACUGUUACAACCAAUGAACCUCAUCUGAUGCCUCUGACUAUGCAGUUGUACAACUCACCUGAUUUCCGCUCUCCUUUGGAUCCUAAUGCCAAAGUACAGAGCAAUAGGAGAAUCUACGCAGAGAUUACAGGGCGCACCUUGGGGGACAUUGUCCUGACCAUAAAGGUGAUGCAGUGCUUUCUGCGCUCCAAAGGCUCAUGUCCUGUUGUGAAGGAGCUGCCUUUCAUGACCGAAACUUGCUCCAGUAGCUCUUGUGCUAACAGCACCAGGCUCAGCUUCUCUUUGGAUCAGCUUCAAGAACUCACAUCUACCACUUGGGACCUGGAGUGCUCUGUCAAAAUUUGUUAUAGUGAGAAAUGUGGCGAUGGGGGGCGAGUAAAGCGCUACCUGGAGGUUACCCAGCCAUGUCUACAACCACAAAAUACUGAAUGCUUUGACUUUGGCCUUCCUGGUGUUCUGGGCAUUGCAUUUGGGGGUUUUUUGAUUGGAGUGCUACUUAUUGGAGCCCUCUGGUUUAUCAAAAUCAAAACAGGAUACCCAACUGGAUUAGACAUGAGUUCAACAGUUGGAUGUCCUUGUUCCAGUACAAAACGACAACCUGUUUCCACUAACCCUUCCCCAUCAGAGAACAGCAGUGCUAAUGCAAGUAUUGGAAGUACCCAAAGCACCCCCACCAGCAGCAUGGCAUGAGACAGCAGGUCCACAGCCGCUGGCACAUCUCUCUUUUAGCCAGGGUUGCUGCUUUGAGUUGUCUACAAUCAGGCUUUCAAAAGCUGUCUCCAUUUGGCCCUCAUUUAAAUAGUAGAUGUAAAACAGGACCUGUGUCUUCGAUACAAAUACAAAGAUUUGGAGUUUGUGGAGGUCGGGGGUCUGAGUGAUGGAUAACACAAGUCUAAUCAAUGGCUUCUGGCGCUCACCUCCACAGUCCCUCUGUAAACCCGCCAUCAAAGCAGGAAGUUAAAGAGGGCAAGAGAAAAAAAAAUAAAUAAAUUGGCUCCCAGCAACAGGAAAAACAAACCAUAUCCCCCAAGAGCUAACAGGAAAUUCACCACAUUCUUUCAAUGAAUUGUGCUUGUGCCUGUGUGAUGGAAGCACGAUAGAUAGGAGACGAACCUGUCAUGUGAACAUGUUUCACAUUCAUACUACUCAAAUAUGAAGUGGCCGAAGAAGAGCUUAUUAGUUAGGACCUCAAAGGCACAGUAAAAUUACAGUUAUUAAGAGUAAUUUGUAACUUGAGGUCACUGACGAUCAGCUACCUCUUAUAAUCUAAGUCUGGAGCCAAGGUUUAAUUUAGCCUUAGCUAUUUGACUGUUGAACACCUUGUUUAUUCUAUUUCAUUUUAUCACUUACCUUGUGACUUUUGUAGAAAGAGUUAUGGUGCCAUUUUUGUGUUACAACUAAGUUGUAAAUUGGGCCAUGUCAAAGGGUAUUUUUUGUAUAUUUUACUGGGACUUCUUAAAAUGUGUAGAUAACCAGAUCACCCAUCCAACCUGUGCUAAAUCUUAUACACAUUUGAGAUAUGACCCCUUGAAGGCUUGAAGGCUUGAAGGCUGUCAAUUAUUAGUUUCAAAAAGACCUGUGAGCCCUGAAGAAAGCGAUUCUUUUUAUAUUAAGCACUAUGUGCAGAGUUAUAUGGCCAUAUGGUGAGAGAGGAGUAAUGUCCCUAUAAUGAUCAGCAACUAUCCAAACACUGAACUGUAGCAAUUAAAGCUAUAGCCACAAGGAGAACUUUGCCCAGAAUAGUAUUUCUGGAGGUGGAUUUCCUGUAUCUUUCCUCGACAUCAGUUAUCAACUUUUCCUAAUCAGUAGGGCUUCACUGCCAUUAAAAAAAUGUAUGCAUCUGGCUCAGCACUCAUUCAUUUCGUAGUGUUAAUUUGAUACAAACUGAAAAAGCCCUGUGCAAUACAGUAUGUACAUAUUUUCACUUACAAAAUGUGAAAAUACUGAACCUUUCAAAGUUUAUUCAUUUAAUUUUGGUAAAUGUUGUAUAGGUACAAAUACUGAAUGGGGCCAUAUGAAAUAUAAGAAGAAAGUGAACUAAUAACAUAUAUAAUAAGUAUAAUUUCACAUGAAAAAUCAUAAAUACUGUCAUGUUAUCAGUGCUGUAAGUACUUUUAACUGAACAUUUGUAGCUCUGAGUCCUGAUCUUACCUUGUGUUUUGUGAGACAAGACACAUUUCUACCUUGUACAUGUGAUAGGCUGCAUCAGCCCAUCAAACGGUUGAUCCGUAACUCUCUGUUUGCAUGUAUAAAAUGUAAAUGUCUUUAAGAUGAAUUAUAAUUUUAAAAUCUGUAUUUAAUCACAUGAGCAUUUGACAGAUCACUAUUCUGUAUCUACACUGAUUUUGAUGAAGGAUGUAUUUCCGUGUUUUCCACUGCAUUAGCUCUUUUUUUCUGACUAUAGCAAUAAAAAUGAGAAAUAGCCAUUGCCUCAUAAUGAGAUUAAUAGAUGUAGAACUGUGCUGAUCAGGAACAGAGGAUGAGUACCAUAUGUCUUAAUGUAUGUGUGCAAUAUGAUGAGGUAAACUCUUUGUUGUGCUAAUACAAGAAUAUUAUUAUAAUUGGUUAUCUAUUGGAUUCUGUUACAGAUAUCUAUGUGGGACAAUCAUUACUGGGGCACUUAUCUAAUACACACUUUGAGUCAUUUCUGUGGUGAUUAGAUUUCCUUCAUUGGGUUUACCUCAGUAUGGCCUUACCUCUGAUUCUCCUUGUGUCCCAACACAGAGCAUGUCCAUGCUCAUAUUGACAUCCUGACAUUGUACUGCAUUCAUUGUCCGAUCUUUAUGGGCAGGAUGCGCAUGGACAUUCUAAAAGAUAAAACAUUUAACAAAGAAGCAUCCCGGUUGGAAACUCCCCUAGAAUAACCUUGGCUUACAGUAUUUACUACUUUUGAGCAAUGUGAGUGCAGUAUUGCCAAUACAAGUGUACAGAUCCUGCCUCACAUACGCUGCAGUUCUGGUGACUGGUGCUCCUGACAGACGCAUCAGACAAGCUGUCAGUUAAUUCACUUGUUAACCCUGAGGAUCUGUUCGUUACCUCUGACAUCCCUACUGUCUUAGUUAGCACAAUAGCUGUGUGUCAUUUUCUACACUGCCUGCACGUGUGUGGUCUGUGUGGGUGUGCGUGUGUGUGCAUGUAAUGAGCAUUUGGCUCAUUUUGUCUCUUAACGGUGUCCAAAAAUGUGGAAUCAUGGAGGAGAACUUUACUGAAUGUGUACCUGCUUUGAUUGCCUCAAUAGUUAUUUCUGUGCUACAGCGGGCACAGUACACAGUAUGUAAAAUUGAUACUUUUAUGAGAGAGUUUUUCAAAUGUUGUCAUAUACACAGUAAUAUUUUGUGUCUACCAUUGAUUAAAAUUAAUAAAGUGAACUUGAUCAA